CAUUGCUCUGUCCCAUUCUCCUUCGUCAUGCAGCAGCAGCAGCGCCCAUCGACUUGAAAUCGGAGGACGGAAGAAAGCUGAGCUGAUCACCGCCGCCGCCACGAGAAAAAUCCCAUUUCUCCAUUUCUAAUGGCGUCGCUCUCCCAUGUGCUCUCUCGCUCAUCCCGUCUGCUCGCUCCUCAUGCACCGCCCAUUGACUCCACGCCCAAAUCCUUCAUAUACUCCCACUCGCAAUGCCGCGAACCCACUUCGCUGCUGCGUGCUAACGUUUACAGAAUGGCCCUUGUCUGUCAGCGGGCAAGAAGAGGAACACAAAGGAAACAAAUAUGUGCUUCCAUUGCAGAUGUCUCAUUGGAAAAAUCCACUGAAAAUGUACAACUUCCCAAGGGUGAUGUUUGGUCAGUUCAUAAAUUUGGUGGUACCUGUGUGGGUAACUCGCAAAGAAUUAAGAAUGUUGCUGAAAUAAUAGUUAAUGAUGAUUCAGAGAGGAAAUUGGUAGUUGUCUCUGCAAUGUCAAAGGUGACCGAUAUGAUGUAUGACCUCAUUAACAAGGCUCAAUCACGGGACGAGUCUUAUGUAUCUGCCUUAGAUGCUGUUUUAGAAAAGCACAAGUCAACGGCACAUGAUCUGCUUGAUGGGGAUGAACUGGCUAGUUUCUUAUCACAGUUGCAUCAUGAUAUCAAUAAUCUGAAGGCUAUGCUUCGAGCAAUUUAUAUUGCUGGUCAUGCCAUGGAAUCCUUUACAGAUUUCGUUGUAGGACAUGGAGAAUUGUGGUCUGCUAGUAUGCUGUCUGGUGUUAUUAGAAAGAGUGGGGCAGAUUGCAAGUGGAUGGAUACUAGGGAAGUUUUGAUAGUCAAGCCCACUUCUUCAAAUCAAGUUGAUCCAGAUUUUUUGGAAUCUGAGAGAAGACUUGAGCAAUGGUAUUCCAAAAACCCAGCCAAGAUAAUCAUUGCAACUGGUUUUAUUGCCAGUACACAUGAAAACAUACCCACUACUUUAAAGAGAGAUGGAAGUGACUUUUCUGCUGCGAUAAUGGGUGCUCUACUAACAGCUCGACAAGUCACAAUUUGGACUGAUGUUGAUGGUGUUUAUAGUGCAGAUCCAAGAAAAGUUAAAGAGGCAGUUGUUUUGAAGACAUUGUCUUAUCAAGAGGCCUGGGAGAUGUCAUAUUUUGGUGCAAAUGUUUUACAUCCUCGUACAAUUAUUCCAGUUAUGCGAUAUGACAUACCCAUUGUAAUAAGGAACAUUUUCAAUCUAUCUGCACCUGGAACAAAGAUCUGCCGUCAACCAGUUGAUAUUGAAAGCGAGAGUCUAGUGUCUUUUGUUAAAGGAUUUGCAACAAUAGACAACGUGGCCCUUGUAAAUGUUGAAGGCACUGGUAUGGCUGGUGUCCCAGGUACAGCUAAUGCCAUUUUUGGUGCUGUAAAAGAUGUAGGAGCUAAUGUAAUUAUGAUUUCUCAGGCUAGUAGUGAACAUUCAGUGUGUUUUGCUGUGCCUGAGAAGGAAGUAAAAGCUGUUGCUGAGGCAUUGAGAUCUAGAUUUCGUCAAGCGUUAGAUGCUGGGCGCCUUUCUCAGGUCGCAGUUGUUCCAAACUGUAGCAUUUUGGCAGCAGUUGGACAGAAAAUGGCUAGUACUCCUGGAGUUAGUGCCACCCUUUUCAAUGCGCUGGCAAAGGCUAGCAUAAAUAUUCGUGCUAUUGCUCAAGGCUGCACUGAAUACAACAUUACUGUAGUUCUUAGGCGAGAAGAUUGUAUAAAAGCCUUGAGAGCUGUGCACUCAAGAUUUUAUCUUUCAAGAACAACAAUUGCAAUGGGAAUCAUUGGACCUGGACUUAUUGGUGCCACACUACUUGAGCAGCUUAAGGAUCAGGCGUCAGUUCUCAAAGAAGACUUUAACAUUGACUUGCGUGUCAUGGGAAUUAUUAGCUCAAGAAGCAUGCUCUUGUGCGAUGAGGGACUUGACUUGUCUAGUUGGAGAGAUCUUCAAAGGGAGAGAGGUGAAGUGGCGGACAUGGAAAAGUUUGUGCAGCAUGUGCAUCAAAAUCAUUUUAUUCCAAAUACUGUUUUGGUGGAUUGCACGGCCAAUCCUGAUGUUGCUAGCUACUACUACAACUGGCUUCGAAAAGGAAUUCAUGUCAUUACUCCAAAUAAGAGGGCUAACUCAGGACCACUCGAUCAGUAUUUGAAAUUGAGAGCUCUUCAACGACAGUCCUAUACUCAUUACUUUUAUGAAGCUACUGUUGGAGCUGGUCUACCAAUUAUUAGCACCCUACGUGGUUUGCUUGAAACCGGAGACAAAAUAUUGCGUAUUGAAGGCAUUUUCAGUGGGACGUUGAGUUACAUCUUCAACAACUUUACGGGCAGUAAAUCUUUUAGUGACAUAGUCUCUGAAGCAAAGCAAGCAGGUUAUACUGAGCCAGAUCCAAGGGAUGAUUUAUCUGGAACAGAUGUUGCCAGAAAGGUGAUCAUUCUUGCUAGAGAAUCUGGUUUGAAGCUAGAACUAGCAGAUAUCCCAGUGGAAAACCUUGUGCCAGAACCAUUAAGAGCCAGUGACUCUGCUGAGGAGUUUAUGCAACAAUUGCCACAAUAUGAUGCCGAUCUGACAAGGAAACGACAGGAUGCCGAGAAUGCUGGGGAAGUGUUGAGAUAUGUCGGGGUGGUGGAUGUCGAAAAUAAAAGAGGCUUCGUCGAGAUGCAAAGGUACAAGGAGGAUCACCCGUUUGCACAACUUUCAGGAUCCGACAACAUCAUCGCUUUUACAACAACGAGGUACCGAAAACAGCCUUUGAUCGUCCGGGGACCGGGUGCC